AAAACACACAAGGAAUGUGCACAAGAACUGGGAUUUAUAAACAAUAUACAGAAUUUUAAUGUAAUACUGUUUGAACGCAAGUAAUAAUGUUGACUAUUACGAUUACUGCAAAUGAGGCUGUGUUUGAACCAGUGAAUAUUGUACAGCAGUUUGAGGAACAGAACAGAGCAGUUUGGAGGAAUGAUGAUGUGGCAAGUGAAAUUGCAUCAAAUACAUCAACUCCUGUAGAGGAUUUUGAAAGGUGCUAUAUUAUGAAGAAUGACAUGCAACAAGUGGAAAGUUGUGAACAAAUAGAAGAUACAGAAAUGUUCAAUGUGAAGGAGGUUACUGAUUCAAAUACAAAUGUUAAAAAGGAUGAGAAUGAUGAACUAACAUCCACCAUGGAAGCAAAUGGAUUCACAAGUAGUACAAUGCUGGUAUUAGAUACAAGAGAUCAUGAAGGAUCUGAGAUGGAUCCUGACAGCAUUUCUGUGGAUAUUGAAAAUGGUGAUGAGUAUGAAAGACCCAUAAAAGCAAUGGCUCCCAAAAAAGAUUUGAAACAAAUGUCAGAUUCUGAUGAUGAUUCAGUGUUAGAGUCAUUGAUGAAGAAUAGCCUAAACCUUGAAGCACCAAUGUUACCAAACAUGGUGAGUAAGCCUAAAACAGGAGGAUAUCAUAUCCAACGCAUGAUUCUAGCUGAAACAACCGAUAGUGAGGUAGAUCCAGUUGUACCACCAAGAACGUAUAGAAAAACAAAAAUGUACCAUCUCAUGUCUAAAAGGAGAUUUCCAAAUGACGUUCGAGCUGUGCAGCAGUCAAAUCAGAGAGGUUAUCAUAUACAAAAUGUACCAAAUAAGGACUUACCACAAUCAGAUGCUAAUGCUGCAUUUAUUACCAACCAAAAUAGAAGCUUCAAACCUGUACAGGCUAUUCAUGAUGAUAAAAUGCCAACAGUAGCUAAUCCAAAAUCAUUCAAGCAAUUAUAUGACUCGGUCGCUCAGUACCGAGGUGCCCCAUCAGAAGUGAAAGAAGUGGUACCAGAGGAAAUAUAUGAUGAACCUGUUUUUGCAAAGAGAAACAUGAAGCCCAUGUAUGACUCGGAUAGUUCAUGGGCUGACAAUCAUGAUAUACCACCUCCUUUACCCCCAAGAAGGAGAAACCUACCUAAAAUAAUGUCCCACUCGACUAAAGCUGAUUUGCAUACACAGAUAUACAGCGAGUCAGACACAGAUUCAUCAUUUAGUUUACCUUACUCCAGAUAUCCUAAUCUACAUGACAAGCAAUAUAAUCCCAUUAAAUGUUUGAAUAGUCAAAAUGGUAUCUCAACUGAGUUCCAUAAUAAUGCAUACAAAUCACUAUUAUCUCCAACGGUUAGUGAGACAACCCAAUCAGACACAAUGAAUCUAUUUGAAAAGAAUAUGCUCAAAAAAGCACAGGCAAUGGAUUAUUUUGAUGGACCACCAGCCUGUGAAAUGGGUGUGACAUCUAUACCUACUAUGAGAAAGCUUGCACCCGAUUAUGAAAUUGGUGCAGAAAAACCAUGGGAACAACAUUUUAUCCAAUUGGAUAAUAGGAUGAAUGAUGUUAUAUUGAAAGCUGAUGAUCGGUAUUUUGGUUCAUCUAAGUCACUUGUAGACUCGAUGGACCAUCACACAAUAGCAUCGAGUACCCAGACCCCCAUGAACUAUGGGCCAGUGACCCUG